CGUGKGACCAGCUGAAAUGUAUCUCCUGUGACUUUCGGGUGGCCAUGUUUGACGAUCAUGAAUGGGACCCCUCUUGUGAUGACCUAUUCUUCAGGAGCAACAUGCGAGACUGUCAGAAGCUGCGGGCCAAGCUGAGGAGAAGAAAAGGGGCGCAGGCGCACGCCUACCAGUGUAGCUGGCACUCUGCUCGAGACCUCACCGACCUGAGAGAACAGCACCAGCUCAAGUGGGUCUGUGGGAAGCAUGACAUGUGACAGCCUUC